AUGUCGUCGCCGAUCCGCGAGAAGCCGUCCAUGAGCCAACGCGCGUUCAAGCCGAAUCCCAUGAUGCAGACGCGCGACGCGGCGACCAAGAGGCGACGAGAGAUAUUUUUCAAGCGCGUGCAGAAUAAGCGCGACGACAAGAAGUGGGAGUCGAGGGGUGAACAGAUUCAACAGCUAGACUUUGUAUCGGAGCGGAAACGUUGGGAAGCAGAGAAGGCGCGUCAGGCGCCCCCGGAAAACGACGAUGUGCCUGAAGAACUUUUGGAUGAUGCCGCGGCACUACCGACUCAACUUCCACAUUACCAAAACGCGACGACGCAGUUUGACCAGGGCUUGACGGAGGCGGAUUAUGUGGCUGCGCAGGAAGAAUACGAACUACAGCAACUGGUUGCGUCGAUGGAGCAGGAUGGUGAUGGACAGUCGUCGCAGCACUAUGGCAGCGAUGACGACGAUUACGAUUCUAUAUUCAUGGAGUGUGCGAUGGUGGGGGGUGAGCAGUUUGGACAACAGCAACAGCAGCAGCAGCAGGGCCAACAUGCGCAGGGAGCGUUUGGGUGUGGGGAAGAUGUGGAUAUGGACAUGACGGAUGGUUGA